CAAGUCCAAACAUGAGAUGAGACUUGAAAAUACAGCAAAUUGAGUGUUUAUGAUAUUAACUAAUCAUUCAAAUAAAAAUAAUCCCUCAACCGGAAAAGUACCUAACAACAACAUCACGUUCACAGCUUCUACCGAUUGAAAAGCUCCACCAACAAUAAUAACCUCUGAUUUCUUCUUCCACUUUCUCUGUGUGAGAUUGAAGAAGAAGAAGAAGAAGAUGGGGAUUGCAGUGGCGAGUGUUGAUUUGCUGAGUGAAAAGGCAGCGUUGAUGAGAGAGUCUCUGCAGAAGAGCCAAACCAUCGCAGACAACGUCGUCACCAUUCUGGGUUCCUUCGACCACCGUCUCUCCGCCCUAGAAACCGCCAUGCGUCCCACUCAGAUUAGAACUCACUCCAUAAGGAAGGCUCAUGAGAAUAUUGAUAGGACUCUGAAGGCUGCGGAGGUUAUAUUGGCUCACUUUGAUCAAUAUCGUCAGGCAGAGGCAAAAAUACUUAAAGGGCCACAUGAAGACCUGGAAAACUAUCUUGAAGCAAUUGAUAAGUUGAGAAGCAAUAUUCAGUUUUUUGGCAGCAAGAAGGGUUUUAAGAGCAGUGACGGUAUUGUCAUCCACGCUAAUAAUUUGCUAGCUAAGGCUAUUUCGAAGCUAGAAGAUGAGUUUAAGCAGUUAUUAUCAUCUUACAGGUAUGUAUUUUUGUACUUAUUUUUAAAGGAUACGGAUCCCCAACAGUUGGAAAUAUAA